AUAAGAAAACACACACACACACACACUUGAUCCAUGGCAGAAAUAUGUAGCACUCGGGUCGGAUCAUCAAAAGUGAUACCAACUAGUGAAGAAGAAAUUGGAUCCGGUGAAUUUUCCGGCGAGUUGAAUCCGGCAGAUGCGUGGCUGCCGAUUACAGAGUCGAGAAACGGCAACACUUUAAAAGCUGCAGCUCAUCUCUUGUGUUCCGCAAUCGGAAUUCAACUACUUUCACUUCCCAUUGCCUUUGUUUAUCUCGGAUGGUUCUGGGGAAUUAUGUGCUUGUCUAUAGCAUUUUCAUGGCAACUUUACACAAAAUGGCUUCUAGUGAAUCUUCACGAAUCAUUUCCAAUAACUGGGAUUCGUUACAGCAGAUUUACUCACCUCUCAAUAAUAGCAUUUGGUGAAAAACUAGGCAAAUUGCUAGCAAUUUUCCCAACAAUGUAUCUAUCCGGCGGCACAUGUGUGUUGUACAUAAUAAUGGGAGGCUCCGUGAUGAAAGUAUUCUUGAAAUCCAUGUGCGAUGGCAACCCCGGCUGUGUGGCGUCCAAGAUAACCGGUGCAGAGUGCUUCUUGGCCUUUAUCUGCAUCGCGAUUUUGGCAGCGCUCUUCUUCCCUAACCUCAACUUGUUGUCCUCUGUUGCUUUUGUUGGCUCCAUCACCGUGCUUGCUUAUUCUAGCCUUUUGUGGAUCCUGCCCAUGACAAAGGGUGGAUCAGGGGAUGGCCCUGUGAGGGAAGCAGUGUUGGUAACGGGAAGUCCGACUCGAAUCCGGGACGCGUUAGGUGGUUUUGAGAUCCUUGCACUUGCCUUUAGAGGGCACAAUCUUAUGCUUGAGAUACAGGGGACACUACCUAGCAGUCAAAAACAACCAUCAAAGAAGACUAUGUGGAGAGCAGUGAAGAUUUCAACCAUACUAAGUAUUUUGUGUGUGUUUCCCAUUGCAAUAGUGGGAUACUGGGCAUAUGGAGAUAAGAUGCCGGUAGACGGGGGAAUUCUCCUUGCUCUAGCAGCAUUCUACGAGAAGAAGCACAUCAUACGUGGAGUGUGCGUGUUGAUCACAAUCAACUACGUUUGUGCAUUCCAAAUCUACGCCAUGCCCACAUUCGACAACUUGGAGCGCAUCUACGUGACCAAGAGGAACAAGCCAUGCCCAAGAUGGGUGCGCUCGAUGAUCAAGCUCUUCUUCGGAGGUCUAACCUAUUUCGUAGCAGUGACUUUCCCAUUCCUACCGCGCCUAGCUGCUUUCAUAGGCGCAAUUGGAUUGCCCGUCACACUUGUCUAUCCAUGUUUCAUGUACCUCGCCAUCAAGAAACCUCCUCGUCUUAGCACCACAUGGUGCCUCAAUAUGGUGCUCGGUUUAGCAGGGACAAUCCUCACCUUGGUUUUCUUAGUUGUAGCUUUGUGGUCUUUGAUAGAUAAUGGCUUCAAGGCCAAUUUCUACAAUCCCUAGAUGGUUUAACUUAAAGAAAGCAUGACAUGACAUAUUCUUUUCAAA